AUGCUAGCUAUGUCAAACACACAUGAUGUCUUCCUUCCUGCAACUUCGAUUGGCGAGAGAGUAUUGAGUGAUUUUGGACAGGAAAUUACCGAUAAGUUUGCAGAUUUCUUUUGGCUAAUGUUGCAGGAGCAUGCGGGGAUCGGAAAUCGGUCGCUGAGCUUCUUAAUCACUCAUUUUUGGCUGAACUAA